AGAAGUGAAAGCGCAGCAGCUGUUCGCUCGGUGGAUGUAGGCUACCGAGGCUCGGCUUAUAAAUAGCCCGACAGAGGCCACCCUUUAUCAGUUGUGCAUCGGGAAAUGCGUCGCACUCGCCUCGUUUGCUGCUGAAUCCCGGGAGGUUAGAGCGCGCCUGUCGAGCCCGUUUUCUUCCACUUGGCGGUGACGCAACUUGGCAACAACUUGGCAGGCAAGCUGAAGGAGGAGAAUAUGAAGGCUGAUUUGGAGGCUUCUCUGCCUGCUGGACAGGAGGAGUUUGCGAUCCGGUGCCGAGAUGUGUGCCGGUCGUACGGCAAACUGAAGGUCCUCAGCAACCUCAACCUGACUGUACCACAAGGCCACAUUUAUGGUCUUUUGGGCCCCAGCGGGUGCGGGAAGACCACACUGCUGAAAUGCAUCGUGGGAACUCUGAAAAUCUCACGGGGUCGCAUCACCGUGUUGGGGAAGCCACCAGCUUUUCCUGGUCAUGACGUGCCGGGGAAGAUGGUUGGAUACAUGCCGCAGGAACUGGCACUGUACAAUGAGUUCACCAUCAGCGACACCCUGACCUUCUUUGGCCGAAUCCACGGCCUGACGUCGAAGGAAACCCAGGCUCGCAUGGACUUCCUGGUCGACUUCCUGGAUCUACCUCAGAAGCAGAGCCUGGUCCGAAAUCUCAGUGGGGGUCAGAGGCGCAGGGUGUCUCUCGGAGCAGCUCUGCUUCAGAAUCCAGAGCUGCUCAUCCUGGACGAACCGACGGUGGGAGUGGACCCUGUGCUCAGGGCCAAGAUCUGGCAGCAUCUGGUGGAGAUCGUGAAGACAGGGAAAGUCUCUGUCAUCAUCACCACACACUACAUAGAGGAGGCCAGGCAAGCCAAUGUGGUCGGUCUCAUGCGGAACGGCCAUUUGCUGGCUGAAGGUCCUCCAGACGCAGUCAUGAAGCAGCACAGCGCAACAACCCUGGAGCACGCCUUCCUGCAGCUGUGUGAGACGUCGGAUCAGAUCGACUCCAAACGGGGAUCCAGUCCUCAGAGCGGGCCGUUAGAGACCAGCCAAUCGUUCGAGAGUGGGCGGGACGAGAGUCGCCCGAUUCUCGGGAUCGAACAAGGUGCUGCAGAGGAAGUUCCCAAAUAUUCAGCGGACUGGAAGGUGCGAGCCAGACACAUGCUGCCAAAGUGGAGAAACAUCGCUGCCCUGAUGAUCAAAACGUUUGUGCGGAUGAAGAGAAUGCCGGGCUCGUUGUGUUUCCAUUUCUUGCUGCCCGUCAUCCAGAUCUCUCUGAUCUGUUUGUGUGUCGGAGGAGAUCCAAAGGGGAUCCAGGUUGCCGUGGUGAACAAUGAGACCUCGCCGUCCGCUUACAGCCAAUCACUGCUCUCCUUCCUGGACAACUCCAGUGUGCACCAGGUACCCUUGUCCCAUACAGAUGCUUUCGAUGGGAUCUAUAAUGGCGAGUACUGGGGCGUCAUCGGCUUUGGCAAGAACUUCACCAGCUACCUGACAAAAAGGAUGAUCCAGCGGCAGGUUUCCAGAGAGGUGGUCGAUGGUGGAUCAGUACACGUCUGGCUGGACCUGACAAAUCGACAAAUUGCCUUUAUGCUGCAGAAGAAGCUUCACGAUGCCUUUCAGGCUUUCGUGGAGAAUAAGUUGGGCGGUAUGUCAUACCUGGUCGCGCUGCCAAUAAAGUUUGAGGAGCCGAUCUACGGCAGCCUGAACACAGACUUCACUACGUUUGUGACACCGGGAGCUGUGCUCAGUAUCACCUUCUACCUGGCCGUGGGUCUGACGGCGCUCUCCUUUGUCCUGGAGAGGAAGGAGGGGCUCCUGGACAGAUGCUGGGUCGCAGGUGUGAGCUCCCUGGAGACGAUGCUGGCUCACCUCUUCUCUCAGCUGUUCGUCAUCAGCGUUCAGAUCAUCCUGCUGCUCCUCUUCAUCCUGCUCGUCUUCAAGAUGCCUAAUGAAGGCUCCUUGGCGCUGGUCAUAAUCCUGAUCGUGCUGCAGGGCGUCACCGGCAUCUCGUUUGGCCUGGUCAUCUCCGCCGCAAUCGAUGACGAGCAGAGCGCAAACCAGGCCGCGCUGGGCAUUUUUUAUCCCAACCUCAUCAUCAGCGGUAUCAUCUGGCCUGUGGAGUGUAUCCCGUAUCCUCUGCGCUACAUCAGCCUGGCUCUCCCUCAGACCUACGCCUCUGAAGCCCUCCGCUGUAUCAUGUACAGAGGCUGGGGUCUGUCUCGGAUGAUGGUGUGGCGAGGCUUCGCCGUCACCCUGGGCUGGAACACUUUCUUCCUCAUCCUGGCCACGGUCAUCUUAAAGCUGAGGACGUGACAGCUUCGUCCUGGAGAACAUCCUUCAGUGUGUGUGUGUGUGUGUGUGUGUGUGUGUGUGUGUGCGUGGGGGGGGGGGUGUAGCUGUCAGGUGAUGCCCAGGAGACACAGACUCACCUGUACGAGCCUCUGGUCUGUGGAUGUGCAGAGGCAGCAGAGAGCAGGAGGGGGGGGGUGUCACUGAUUUAAUGGACUGAUGGGUUGUUGCAUCAGCAGUCUGCCUCCUCCCACACACACAUACACACACACACACACACACACACACACUCAGCCAGCUGCCUGAUCCUGCAACAGUUGCUUUGGCCUGUUCAAAUGUGGGUGAAGUGUCAAAAAGCUGCACGUAGAAGCAGACAACAUGCACAAUAUGAGAAUACUAACCAGGGACUGUUAAAGUAAGGUUCAUGUCUGGUCUUACAGUUUGUUUCACUUCUAUUUGCAGCUUGUUGAAACUUUUCACCCCCGGGACGGACCAGGCACCAACUCAGGGUCACUGUUUUGUUUCCGUUUGCCCUUUCGUCUUAAUGCUAACAGACAGAUUCUGCUGUGAUACACUUUUCUUUUUCAGAAUAGGUUGGGCCUCACCAUUUUGGGAAAAAAGAGGAAAAGAAAAAUAACAGUGAAUAUACUGUAGGAGAUAGUGUUUGUUUUUUGUUUGUGUGUGUGUGUACAGUGUUUGUUUGUCAACCUUACAUUAUAUUAUAGAGAAAAUCUUUAUGUAAAAUAGUCAGAAAAAGAGUCUUAGCACAAGAGAAUGUGAAACUUUCUUGAAAUGAUUUCUCUCUGGUUGCUUUACGAGCAGAAGAAGCGAAGAGAGGCUUGUUGUUGCGAGAUGUCGUGGGAACCCGGAAUAGGUUUUAAAGUGCUGAUCUCUUCAUAUAUCGUCCAGGAAAUUCUCACCCGUUCAGGCGUCCCCGCAGCAACAGCGUCUCCUGUAGCCGCUUGCCUGUUGUAUGUUGUGCUCAGUUUUUACGUCCUGUCUCGUGUGUGACAGGAAGUGGUAACCGCGUCUCUCACCUCUCGGUUGCGUUACCAGGUGCUCAAAAUGUAAAGAGGGCCUCCGUCAUUGGUCGCUGUCAGUUCAGGUCGAUGGUGUUUUCUCCGUAACGCAUGUUUUUUUGUGCCUGAAUCUCCUGCAGGGGGGAGGGAGGGGGAGAAAGUGAGGGUUGAUGUUGGUGGAGGGAAAGUGUCGGUACUGUAUCAGUUCAUUUUCUGAUUACUCUCCACUUUGCUGGACGGAGUGGAGGCAGAUGGAGAGACGUUUGCUCACAGGUCAGGUGUGUCAUGCUCUUCAAACCGUCUGCAUAAUAUAUGGUUUGUUUUUUUGUUUGUUUGUUUUUUAACGCGAAAGAUUCAAACUGCUCAUUCUUUAUAUUUUGUUUAUGAAUCCUCCUCCACCAACAAUAAAUGAAGCACACAUGCUGUUUUGGAUUCAACGUGUCAUGGAGAUGUGCCUUUGGGUCGCUGUGUCGUCUGCACUGCGGGGAAAGGGAAAUCCAGAAAUGAGGAAUAACUAUUAAAGAUCUAGACCGCCAUGCAGCUGGUGAUUGUCAGUUUAGAGUGAGAAGCGAAGACCUGAGCUUUGACGGAGCAUCCUUUUGUGUUUAAGUUAUCAGUGAUGAAGAAGGCUACACUGGUACUUUGACAUCGAUUUAAUUGAUUUCUUUUAAAAAAUACACUUUUGUUUUUAAAAUAGUCGACCAGUCUUUGGAUUGUGGGGUAUUUUUCCUGUUAAUGUUUCUUUUUUUAACAAACAAACAUGAAAUAACAUGUUAAAAUAAUGAUUAUAAGACUGGAAAAGAUAAUAAUAAGAAUAAAUUCCUAAUUCCUUUAAAGGAAUAGUUCCACAUUUUAGAAAAUAACCUUAUUUGCCUCAUUGCUAAGAGUUAGAGGGGUGUGUGCUCGCUAAAUAUGAAGCUUAGUGCAAAGACUGGAAACAUGGGGAAACAGCUGGUCUGAUUCUGCCAGAAGGAAACUAAAUCUGUGUACCAGCACCUCUGAAGCUCACUAAUUAAUACAAGAAAUAGGCCGGUGCACAAGCCUCUUGUAAAACCACGUUUUUACAUUUCCUUUUUUAAACGAUAAACAUGUGAAUCGCUGGCUGUCGAUCCUCUCAUCUAAAGGCGAAUCCCAAAACGUCUGAACUAUCUCUCUAAACUGAAGAACCUCUGACGGCAGACCACAGACUCAGUCCGGCGUCACAUGUUGUGCCAAUCUCAUAAAGAUUUAGAAAUGUUUACAUUCAUGUGGACGCAUGUUUGUACAUAUACCAGCAUGAGUUGUGUUUAGAUGUGUCGUGAAUGUUUCCCCCUCUCUUAGCAGCCGUGAUGUGACGUGUUGCAGCGCCGCUAAUGGAUCGUUUAUGUCUCCAUCAGCAGGACGAAGAGCGAAUCUAAAUGGCUGUAAAUCUCUCUGAUUGGUUUGCAUCAUGGUCUGAUGGUAAAGAUGUAUGUACAGUGCGCUGUGUGUGUAAUGCUAGUGUUUCCUGCACUGUAAAAAAAGAAAACCUGCUGUUGUUGUAGCUCUGCUGUUCAGUCAUCAGUGUUCCCGUCGCACAUUUUAAGGGACAUCGUGUUGUUGUUGUUGUUUGGUAGAAGAUGGGGCGCGGCCUCGGACAGAAACACGCUCCUGAAUGGACUCAGCUGUAUUUUUUAUUUUUUAUUUUUAUUUUUUUGCCAAACUGUGAGGAUAUAUUUACUGUAGCUCUGUUCAUAUUCUUACCUUGACAGAAAGUUGAAGAUGAAUCCCACGUCAUGACGGGACGGACCUCUGUGCCUCACUUGACUCCCAUCACACUAUAAUGUUCUUUUAGCAAACAUGUUAAAGAUAGUGGACGAUCACUGGUACAAAAGAACCGAGCAGCGUACAUGAAGAUAUGGACUUUACUCUGUGAUAUUGUGACUGUAUUUUUUUUGUGUUUUUUGGCUAAUUUCUGGACAAUUGUGAUAUUAUUGCCAAAAGUUUGUCUUAAAUCUGUGUAAGAUUGUCAAAUGGUUAUUUUUCUUUCUUUUUUUUCUAAAAAUACUCCAUAUAUCCAUUUUGGAGGAAUAACUUUAUGUUCACUAUUAAAUACCCACGCUCCACUCUGUAAAUCUACCUGCAAAGCAUGUUAUAAGAUUUACAUGAACUGCAGUUAUCCCGCUGAAGACACUAUGUCAAAUAAUCUGAUUACAUAUGUUCUUAGUAAACGGUUUCACUCCUAUAUUUCUCCUGUAGCAUCAUGUGAUGAAUGUUGCUGAUUUGGGGAUGUUUGUGUCGGUUGCUCCGUCACUCGAGACUGAAAUAACUCAAACUAUUCCAGAUGAUCAAUCCCAAAUCACUCUGGAGAUGCCCUGAUUUCUGUUGGGGAAAUUUGGUCCAGACAUUCAUGGUCCCCAGAGGAUGACUCGUAGAACCUUAAAUCCCCCGACCUUUCAUUUUUCAUUUAGCACCAUCAUCAGGGGAAAAAACGUCUAUUGUCCAAGCAGCAAUAUCAUCCUGCCCUGAAAAACAAUUUCUUACUCGCAGCAACUGGUCCUACAAAAACACUUGAUUAUUUCGGAUAGAAAGUUAGAUAGAUACUUUGUUUAUCCCCGAGGGGAAACUAAUGAAUAGAGAUUUUUGAAUGGAGCUCUGAUGCCAGCUGUGGAGUUGUUUGUUGACGUUACCAGGACACUGUUGGUCAAAUCUCAUCAAACCACACCCACGUAGUCCUGAUGAAGCACGUUAGCUGAGUGUUUAACCUUUAAUGAAUAAUAACCUGAUCUUGUUUUUUUUCCAAAUGUAAACCUUGAUUGUUGCUUAUUUAGUCACAAAUAUUUAACUAUCGAGCAAUAUUUCAAAAACCAGGUUUUCAGGGGCGUUAAGGUCGUAUUAAAGAAGCUGCUAAAAUUGUAAUAAUUCAUAUUUUCCAUCCAUCCAUAUAAGUCAUCAGAAAGUGCUAUAAUUUACUGUGACAGACAGUUGUUAUUCAGAGUUUUGUCUUCUUUUAAUAUCGGAAUAUUGCAGUUCAUGUAAACACGUACUGUAUAAGAAGUUUGUGUCGCCAGAUGUACCAUGUUUUAUCUGCUCCAAACUCCAGUCGACUACCUCCGCUGUCUCUCCCCAAAGGGCAUGUGCACUCCUGUGUCGUGACAUGUAUGCACUGUGAUAGCAGACAUGCUUUGAUGAAGUUCUAUUAAUGUAUUUUUAAACAAUAAAAGAAAGAGAAAAGCCUCGUGGAGAAAAAUCC